ACAUAAUAUUUUGUGCACAUAAUAUUUGUAAUUUAUCAGUAGAAUGGGGUUUUAUGAUUAUCAAGAAAAGGACCAUUCAGUAAAACAAGAAUGAAGAAAUCAAAUAGGAGAGAGACACAGUACAGGGAUGAACAAACAUGUUCCGCUGAUAUACACAGAACAUACAGCGGACCACGUGAUGAAGCUCUAGAUAUCGAUAGUGGUGCAGCUUCCAGUGUAAAUAUACCACAUGAACAUGGUUGCUCCUCUGUUACUACUAAUCUGGAAAACACGAGCAAUGCUCGAAAUGAAAGAAACAAAACUUUGAUAACAGAUUCUAGUGCAACAAAACAAACUGCUGAUCAUGCUUGUCAUUCCCAAAAGAUUAGCGGAAUCAUAGAAAUAUCAGGCAGCCAAACUGGAAACCUAAAUACCCUCACAGAAAAGCACGGACCGGAACACUUGACCGAAAAUCAGAAUAGUAAACGCUCUUCUCGGGACCUCCAUCUGGAUACUGAGGUAUCAAAACAGGUCGAUCAAAAACUUAAUUACCUAUGACUAGUAAAAGAAGCCAAUGCUAAGUACAAUUCAAAUUCAAAACAAGUCAGAGGCAAUGAUAGCUGCAUAGAUAGUAACUGCCUUGAAUAUGCAGUAAAACAGGAAACCAGAUUGCCUGUGACCGCUGUUGCAAUUAAUCCUAAGCAACCCAUAGUAUUUCCUGUAUCAAAAAGAGAGAAUAUGAACGCAAAACACGACCUGUCCACACCUUCAGUAGAUACAGAAAUACUUUCUCAUUUCGAUCCUUUGAUGAAGAUAAUAGACAAAAUAGCAGAUGGACAAAGAGUGCCGCCGCAAAUCAGCAUGCAGUAUGAAAUGCUCCGAUUUUGUACACUUCGUUCAUAUCCAAAGGAAAAUAAACCAUUUAUAACUAGAAUUGCACAAGCAGGAUUUUAUUAUGCAAACAACGGGGAUGAGUUGGUGUGUUAUUGUUGUGCGCGAAGAAAAAGUAACUGGAGUGAUAGUGACAUUCCUUUGGACGUUCAUCGACAAAUGAAUCCGAACUGCAGAUUUCUUGUUUGCAAUUCCGAUGUCAAUGUUCCAAUUAAACCAGCUAAAAUAACGAGGCGGCCCUUGUCAACGUUUUUUCAUGAAAACAAUUCUCCUGAAGUUAAUAGUAUGAAAACAUCAAUGGUGUCACAACCAAGGAAAAGAGCUAAUGAAAUGUCGACUAUAGUGCAUAAAACAUUUGAAAAUACAAUUCAGUCAAAUCUAGAUUCUUCUACCGAUAUGUUGAACAGAAACACUGUCCAAGCUGAUGCCUCUAUGGUAGCAAUGUCUUCACCAGCGCACCAGCUUGCCGAUCACGUGUCUGGACUAAGUGUCGCAACGAGCAGUAGUAAUAAGUCGUUGUUAAAUUCCAGUAGACUUGCGAAUGAUCAUGUUGGAAGUAUAACUGCAAAGACUUAUUCUGGGUACAGUAGUUCUACUGACGAAGGAAGAAGGGCGCAACAGAAUGUUACCCCAAAGUAUCCAAAGUACGCCAGUAAAAGUAUUCGAGUUGCAAGCUUCAGUGAAUGUGGUGACAUAGUCAUUUCGCCAGGCUUUCUAGCUGAAACAGGUUUCUUUUAUGCUGGAUUUGGAGACUGUGUGAGAUGUUUCCAUUGUGGAAUUGGUCUUCGACAUUGGUCUACAGAAGAUGAUCCUUGGAUAGAACAUUCCAGAUGGUCAAAGGAUUGCUUCUUUGUUAAACAAAAGAGAGGUCAGGAGUUUGUGAAUCUUGUGCAGAUGGCAGUACAAUAUCCUCAAAACCAUGAUCAAAAUGGAAAUAAAAGGCCCACAGACAGUAUGACAGCUGCCACACAUGGAAGAGAUAUGAUAGAGAAUCUAUUGCAAAGUGAUGCAGCUCAAAGUGUAUUAGAGAUGGGAUACCAUCGGGAUGUUAUAAGAAGUGCUAUCGGACAAAUAUUAGAGUUAAACGGCCGACCUCAUCUAACGGCAGUAAAGUUGAUGGAAAAAAUAUUUGCUAUUGAAGAGGGCGAGAACUUAAACAGAGCAGAGCAAAAUGCGACACAAGAACAGAAUCACUGUGCAUUGAAAACGGAGGAUAAACGAGAGAAAACUGAACAGUACAAUACUUGUAAAUCUUGCACCAGGGCAAAAGAUAUAAACAACGAUGUAGCUGUAACUAUCACGUCACGUGCGGAAACAAAACAAACUAGCUCAGUAUCAGGUGAUAACAGUGAUAGUUCCAGUUUGUCUGCACGGUAUUCCAGUAUUUCCAAAACUAAGAUACCAGGAUGCAAUCAGAUUUCGGAAAGGAAGAGGAUAAAAGAAGAAAAUGCAAAUCUAAAGCAGCAGUCUGUUUGCACAAAAUGUAAACAGAACGAUGUAUGCAUUGUUUUUCUACCAUGUGGACAUUUAGUAACAUGUGAAGAUUGUGCACCAUCUCUUAGGUAUUGUUCAGUUCAAACAUGUGAAAAAUACAUUAAAGGGACAGUUAGAACAUACCUAGCAUAAAACUAUUGUUUAAAGCGUGUAAGAGAAAAUAGUUAUAAGCUAUGUCUUAGCUUGUUGUUGGCAAAAAACAUUUGCGUUUGUUCUGCACAGAAUGUAUAAGCAGAAACUUAAAUAUGAUACACUGUACUUUUUGCAAGUCCAGGAAAUGGACACGUUACACUUACUAGUAGUCAGCGGAUUAAACAGUUUACAUGUAUAUAAAGACAAAACAUGUAUAUUGAAAAUUAGUCUGUUUUCGAUGGUUUUAACGUACAUUUAAUUUACAUUUCAACUAGAUAACUUUGGUGGAUGAUUCAAUCUCAUGUAUUCAAUAAAAACACAUAAACUCGAUUUCAAAUACUAUUAUCUUGAUUUCAUAACGUUUCUAAACACUUACAUUCAUUGAAGUUCAUUAUAUUUUGUUGUCUUGGCGGUAUAAUAUAAUUUAUGUUUUGCAUUAGUAUGUAUGUACUUUAUUCGUAAGGAAGUGAUACUUUUUGUGACAAUAUGCUGUACAAUAAUAAUGUUUUUUGAAUGUUGAUUUGUUAUCUUUAGAUACAUAAAAAAUUAUGAUUCGCAUAGGGGAAUAAUUUUCCGCUUAUAAAUAACUGUAAACAUGUAAAUAUUUGUGUCUAUUUUGUUUUUCAAUACACCAUUUUCAUAAAAUCUCAAAUAACUGUUUUACGUGUUACAGCGUGUCAUAAGUCUUUCAGACUCUGUUUGAUAUAAAAGAUGUAAAUUCGAAGGGUGUAGUAGAUUGUGUCCGAUUGUUUAUAAACUAGACUAUUUUAUUUCCUUAAAUACAGAACUGCUUCAAAAAUGACAUUUGUCUGUACUGAAAGGAACCGUAAUGAUUAUGCUGCUAGUUGUGAACCAAAUGUGCUUAUGGUAUAUUGCUAUGUAUGUAAAUUAAUAAAUACUGAAGUUGGA